AUGUCCACAAACAUACCAAGGUAUUUCCCUCCCCCGCGAGGCUACCGCACUCGCUGGGACGGACCCACUGGAUUUACUAGACGCGAUAAAGAGGAGGGUCCAUACGGGAUAUUUAUCGAGACUGACAUGAGCGAUGCUGCGAUUCCCCUUUCUGAGUAUGAUGAUAUCUCUCCCAUUGUAUCCCUAUGGGAAAGUGCCAACCGUGACAUCCAUUCUCUCCUGUGGGGUGACCAGCCCGAGCGCGAGGUGGCCGCGAUGAGAUUGAGAGACCUUAAUUUGGACAUACGGGCGGUCACGGGAUUCUUCGGAUUAGGGAUAAUUGAAAUACAGAAUUGGUACAACGCUGGGCAAGAGCUGUUCAAGGCAGUAAGAGAUUUUCAUAUGUAUGGUUCAACCGCACGGUUUGAGGAUGUUCGAGAUUUUAUCUGGGAGCGGAUUCAAAUUAUGCAUUAUCCAACAGAAUGGAGAGUGAAAUUUGAUGAUUUUGCAUGGAAAAUUGACAGCUGUGCUGGAUAUGUUGCAAAGAUUCGAGAAACUCAGCCGGUGGAUACCGAUGACAGCGUAUUUAACGAAUGGCUGUUAGAAAACCUCCCACAGCCAAAUAUUCCUCCACCUUCAUAUGAGCACAGCCAGAUGGUAGACGUUCAAGGCCCUGCGGCACUGAGGUCCCAGACUGACGAGCAAAAUCGGGGCUCGGCCACGGCAGCAUCCCAGGUGGUAGCGAAUACUGGCAACUCUAGGGAGGCUAUUAAUAGACGGCCCGUCCGUCAAAGGUCCUCUCGUCGGGUAGUUACCCGCCAAACGCAACCGAUUCCCGCGACAGCACGCCCAGUGCCCAGUCUUAGAAGAUCCGCCCCUUCUCGCCGACCUGAGAUAAACCCUCGUGGCGCAGGAUCCAGAAGGAGGGCAGAUGAGAGGAAUCAACCCUCGUAG